UAUGUUCGCUCGACGGCAGAGCUCGCGGCUAGAUGAAGAGAGACUGGCGGUGGAGCAGCAGGUGGAAGAUGCUUUCAAGCUACAGAGCGAGCAUAAUGAGGGCUCGGACGUAGUGCUAUUACGACGCAAAAGUAGCGCCUACCUGCCUCCAAAUUUGCCGUCCACAGGUGACAGCCUUCGCGUUGCCAAGCAUGUGAUACAGGGCGUCUACUCGCUUCAUGAACUCUACGAGCGUCAACAUGUCAUCGAAAAUGCGGCAUGUGCUAUUGCAAUGAUUGGAGUAGUCCUGGUUAUUCUCGACAUCGAAUACGUUGUUGACAAGGAUAUCAAGCUGGUACUACGCAUAGUUAACUCCGUGCUGACGAAGAUUUUGUUUAGUCUCCUUAUUUGGCGCUUCGUCUUGGAGCGACGUAUCCUAAUUCGUCGAAAUGUGUUGCCGCCUCAUGUCACCAUCUUCGGAAUGCCAAGGCAACUGGUUCAGCUAGCCCUUGAACUGGCCACGUGCUUUACCAUCAUCCCACCUGGAACCAAUGGCAGCUUCGAAGUGCGUGAGUGGAAAUUUUACACGGACGAUGGAUCUUGCGGGGCGCCAUUUGUAGUUCAAGAUGCAAGUUGCUACCAGGAUUAUGCGUACCCAUAUGAAGUCCUAGGUUUGUUCUCGCUGCUUCGGCUGUAUAUGAUCCCGCGAGUGAUUCGGAAUUUUUCAAGUUUUGCCAGUUGUCACACAUCAUACUUGGGAGCACUGCACUGUGUGGACACCAUGGCCCCUCUGUUCGCGAUCAAGUGUUUUCUUCAGUCGCACCCAUUUCGAUUGCUCCUGUCUACUUUCUUUGGCACGCUGAUCGUUACCUCGUACGCGCUUUCAAUCGUGGAGACACCCGUGAACCCGAAUCUAGCGUCGCUACCCAAUGCUGUGUGGCUUGUGGCUCUGACGAUGGCUACAGUUGGUUAUGGCGAUGUUGCGCCUGUGACUACUGCUGGUCAAGUGUUCUUAAUAUUUGGUGGAAUGAUUGCUGGAAUUCUACUUGUUGCAGCACUGAGUGCAGCGCUAUUCGCUCUCCUUCGCCUUGAUGACCGAGACAAACGAUUCAUUCACUCGUUACGACUCCAACAAUACGAAUCUGAACUCAAACAGACGUGCGCACGUACAAUUCAAACAACUUGGCGACGAUUCCAUGAUUUUAAGCCCGGGUCGCGUCCAUAUAGAAAGCUUAAUGACAACCUGCACAGGUACACAUCAAUUCAGCGGGAGCUCCGAAAGAAAUCUGUUGGCGAAUACGUGAGCGUUCAAACUGAGAUGCAUCAGUGCCAAGAUAAAUGGCUCUCUGCUCUUCAUCAGGAACAGGAAUUCACAAUGAGCCGCCUGCAGAAGAUCGAAACUCGCUUGGAUUCUCUCGUGAAGGCAGCGACAAAUGUGGUGAACAAGCCACAAAAACAACAGUGCUAACUUCAUAAUCCCGCUAGGUGACACUCGGGAAACUCAGAUACUGGGACGACGGCGGCGAGUGACUCUUUUCGUCCGCUGCAGCUGUAGCGCUGUUGUUAGUUGAAAUACUACCGCGUGGUCGGAUAACCAUGGUUGAAGCAUUGAUCAGAUCUGCUUCAUACGACUGAAAUGCUGUCACCGGGUCAGAUUUCUGGCAGCACAGCGUAGUGAUGUUUUAGGCCAAGAACGUGGAGCAAGAGUUGAUACGGAAUGAAUCGUACCAGGAUGUCGUGGAUGCUGGUUCGUGGAAUGGUAUUGACUACUGCAAAUUGUCUGCCGGCUCCCCUGUUGGUCCAUGGCAUUAGUGAUAAGCUUGUCAGCUGAGGGUAAGCAAAUAGCAUUCACCUGAAGCGGAUACGACUAGCCGGUGCUUUUGGUGACCGUGUCAUGGCUUCGCCAACUGGAGAUGGAAGAAUUACUGGCGAGUCUCGAAGCGGGAUGCCAACUACGCUGUUUGGAUACGGAAACGAAAUCGCUCUCGAAGAUCGCAUAUAGGCAGACUCGGGACCUUGAAAGCUGCCAAGAGAGACGCGAACAGAAGAAGUCGAGGGGCCAGGCAUCGCAGUUGACAAUCUUGACGGAGAAACCAGCGGCAUAAUUGAAUCAUUGGUGUCCUCGCUGUCUUCAGUAUUAUCGACAGCUGUAUUUGAGGCCAGUCCAGGAAUGGCGCGACGUCGAGAUUUCACCUGUUCAUCAGGACUGCUUCUCGACCUACGAACUUUUGGGUAUUUACUCCGUAACUUCCGCCCACUGAGUUUGGGAGGUGGGAUACAUGCAAGAUCCAGGCAACUUGUGGAGUCGGAAGUUUCUGGAGUGACUCGCUCAACCAGACCAGAGGCAAAUGAAGAAGACUUGAUCUGUUGUCGACUUAAUUUUCGUCGGCUCCCUGAGCCUUCAUUUGUAUCUGUAGCUUUUGAAGCUCCUGCAUCCGACGUUGUAGUCGCUCGUGUCUUGGAGUUCUUUCUCCUCACUCUUUUCGCUGCAGCCUCAUUAGAUAUUUUCUUCAUAGAUGCUCUCUUUCCUUUGAGAAAUUUCAGAAAGGAAGAGCGAGGAUUCAAAUUGGUGUCCUCGUCCACCGGAUACUUUUCACCAAUAACCCCCGCGUCACGUAAAUACGGCUCUAUUAGCUGGGGAAUGCAUACUGUUGUGUCGUCAACUCUGUCCAA